AUGUUGAGAAUAAGCAAUAGAAUAACCCCAAGGGCACUUAGUUUUGUGCGUUUCAACUACACAUCAACAGCACCACCAACCACACAAGAAUCAACUCCAACCAAGACAUCCACCUCAACGCCAGAAGAAGAAGAGGCGUCAUCGUCAUUAGCCAGGCCAGAAUCAUCACAAUUGAACUUGAAAGAUUUGAAAAACAAUGUAUAUGCCAAACCAGCCCCCAAUAGAGACACAACAUGGACUCAAUCACAACAAGCAAGAAUAGACGUUAUAACUAAAUAUCCCUUCCGAUUCACGCAAAAGGAUUUAGCCGAGCAGCCAAGACCCUAUGCUGCUAUUGAGUUGAUUGCCAAGGAGCCAAUUAGAUAUUUGAAGCCAGAAGAGGGAAAUAUUGCCGUGUGCGAUGGUAAUAGAGGCAACACGUUACAAGGACAUCCCAAGAUUUUCAUCAACUUGGAUAAACCUCAAGCCAACACUUGUGGCUACUGCGGUUUGAGAUACGCCAAGGAGGAGUUUAGAGAGGAAAUUGAAGCCAAGGGAGAAUUCUAA